UGGUUGACACAAGUCCCCCUGUUUACUCUGGGAGCAUGGGAGCGGACACCAGGAGUGUGAUGUGUGCACUGAGGAUCGCCAUUUUCAAAUUUUGCUACAGCAAAGUCUGUUUUCACGCUGGGAAGAAGGUGAAGUUUGUGCCAGCUUAGGGACGGGAAAAAAACAGUUAUUCAAAAUGCAGAUCUCCAGAAGCUUUCUGUUCCAGGUGUGUUUGAGUGUGGUGGUUACCACUGGCUCCUGCCACUGUAAGCCAAUCAAUAAUGACAUCCAAAGUGAGGACAUGGAGGAACUCUACUCUCAACUCUCAGAGGACCUUCUGGAGGAGGAAGACACAGACUCAAGGAUGGAGAACCUCCUGGGAACUAUGAAGGAGGGUUUUCUCAGACAACUCAACUUGUCAGAUGUUCCUCAGGAGUGCAGCAAGAUCGUCCCCCCUCAGUUCAUGAUGGAGCUGUACAACAAGUAUGCCUCGGACAGCUCGGCAGCCCCUCAGUCUGAUGUCAUACGAAGCUUCACUGUGCAAGAUGUUACUCUCUCUGUGACGAAUGGCACAAAGUCAAAGUACAGGCUGAAGUUCAACAUCAGCAUCCCGAGCCACGAAAAGAUCACAACUGCUGAACUGCAGCUCCUCUUCUUCCCAAACUCCAGACCAAUGGUCGCCUCUCACAGUUUCAAGAUCAUCGUCAAAGUCUAUGAAGUUGAUCACAACAAUAUCACAACCUCGACCCAACUGCUGGUUGGCAAAGAGGUCACAGCCUCUCAGAGCACGUGGGCGACGCUUGACGUGACCACAGCCAUUCAGAGCUUGAUCAAGUCCGACCCUGCAGAAACUGUUUUUGAUGUUGUGGUGGAUACGAAAGACUGUGGGGACAGCUGUUUAAACAUGAGCGUGUCUGUUGGAGAUAAUACCUCUGCAGCUUUGAUAGUCUUCUCGAAUGACCUCAGUAGCAGGAGGAGGGAGAUGAAGAAGGAACUAAGAGAGAUGAUCCUUCAUGAAGAAGAAACCAUCCUGCACUCAGGGGUGGACUGGAACAGAGGGUAUCAACUGCCAAACGAGAUCCCCGACUCUCAGCGCCCACAGAGAACCAAACGAAGGGCACCGAGGGAAUACUGCCGGCGAACCUCGCUGAAGGUCAACUUUAAAGACAUUGGCUGGGACAGCUGGAUCGUGGCGCCUCCAGAAUACGAUGCCUUCGAAUGUCGCGGCCAAUGUUACCAUCCGCUGACGGAUGAAUUAUCUCCAUCAAAACACGCCCUCAUCCAGACACUGAUGAACAUCAGGGACCCCAAGAAGGCUAACAUGGCAUGCUGUGUCCCAAUCAAACUUGACCCCAUCACAGUCAUGUACAGGGAGAAUGGACGCAUCACUAUAAGAUAUCUGUAUGAAGAGAUGAAGGUGGCAGAGUGUGGCUGCAGGUAAUUUGCCCCGGGGGUAGCGAAGAUGAAUAUUAUCACUCUGAAAUUGAAUUUGAUUCUGAUUAGUUCAAAGUUCAUAGGUGACAGGUCAUGUGGCAUCUUUCAUGCCCUUCAUUGGUCCAAAAAGUUGUGAAAGCAGUCAUUUGAAUUUCAGCUUUUAGGGAGUUUUAAUCCCCAAAUGAUGUAAAUGUAAAAAAUGAAUUCACUGGUAAUAAUAAGCUGGUGAAACAUGACUUACAAUAACCACUCAUCUGCUGAUAUUACACAUCUGUAUAUCUGUAUAUUGCUAUUGUAUGUAUAAAUUAUUUAUAUUGAUAUAGAUAUAUCUAUGAUUAGUCUGUAAAUUAAUGACUGUAUUCUUGAACAGCUUAAGUUGUCUCUAUACACACGACUAUACAAAGUGACAGGACACAAAGUCAGCAGCUGAUAGGUCUGUAUCUGUCUUUAUGAUCCUUGAGAGAAAAAUUUAUAUUUAAAAGAAAUUCACUGUAAAA